AUGAAUACAAAUAAUACAAUAUGUAAGGGUGCAAUUGAAAAAUUAUUUUUAAAGCCUUUCAGUUCACUCAAUUUUGAUGAAAAAAAAAAUAUAAUUGAGUUAGGAAGACCCACACCAAAAUUACCUGAUUUAACGACAAUAUCAAAAAAUUAUGUUCGAACAUUUAAAUAUGAGUAUUACAGUACAUAUAAGUGGUUAUCGGGUUGUAAAAAAACAAAUAAGCUAUAUUGUUGGCCUUGUGUUAUUUUUUCUCGCGAAGAAAAUGUUUGGACCAAAUAUGGUUUCAACGAUCUUAAUAGUUUUCAUCAUUUAAAAAGUCUUCACGAAGCCUCUAAAAAUCACAUACAAUGCUUAAUAGAUUUAACUAAAUUUGGUAAAAUAAGAAUAGAUACUUGUUUGAGUGAAGCUUUUAGAAAAAAAUAUCGAAAAACAUAA